GUAGCAUAUAUUAUUGUGAUGAAUUUGUUAUUUUUAUUGAUAAUUCCGAGCUAUCUUUGUAUACUCGAUCUUACUAAUGGAAUUCUAAUCAUUGACACCUGGCUGGUUCCAGAUUCAAUAAUACAAGCUUCAAGCGACCCAAAAGCGCUAUGUUACAUCGCUCAGGAAUGGGCGCGAACGACGGGGCGAACUGUACCUAAAUGCUCAUCAAAAUCUAGUUUCUUUGAAGAACAAUCUAACCAAGCUCUAAAAUGGUGCGUUUAUAAAGACGGAAGUCCUAUUUUACACACGUCGGAACUCAAAUUCCGAUUUUAUGUUGACUGCAAAAAAUCACGACUUUGUUCCGAAGGUACCGUAUUUGAGACAACAAACCGGUGUGAAACCUCAUGCUUAGACGCAUUGUACGUCAAAAAUAUAAAAAUUUCGUAUACCUGCAGAAAUAAGUGCAUUUGUCCAAAACGUAUGUAUAAAAAUAAAGAUGGAGUAUGCGUAGAAAAGUCACAAUGCAAAUGGACAGCAGAUGGUUGUGAGCCACCGAAGGUUUAUGGGAGUGCAUCUAAAUGUCCGGCGACGUGUGCAACUCCAAAACCGCCACAAUGCGAAAUGAUUGAAAAGAAACAAUGUAUUUGUCCACCAAAUAUGGUUCAAUAUAGCGUUGGUUACAAUACGUGCGUAAAGUUGGAAGACUGUCCAAAAUGCAAUUACAAUUCUGUACCGACUGACUGUGCACCGGUUUGUCCCGAAACAUGUCCAGAUGACACGAUAUGCAAACGAAGAGGCUGCCAAAAAGGAGUUUCCUGCAUAUGCCCUCCUGGUACUGUACGGCUGAACAGACAACUACCGGUUAUAUGUGUGACUUUGGAUCAAUGCCCUCCGUUAUGCAACUAUCCGAGAGUUCCAAUAGGCUGCGGGACUGCCUGUCCCGCAACUUGCGAAGAUCCGGAUCCCAACUGCGAAGCAAAAUGUACCCCAGAGAAUAUAUGCUCUUGUCCAGAGGGCUACCUUCAACGAAGUAAAAAAGAUAAAACCUGUGUCAGAAUAGAAGACUGUCCAGUAAAUUUGCAAUGCAGAUCACCAGCAGUGCCUAUGAAAUGUGAAAGGCAGUGUCCAGCAACGUGUGAACAAAAACCUUGGUUUUGUACCGUUAAGUGUAAAUCAGAAUACAUUUGUGGUUGUCCAGAAGAAUACAUCCAAUUAAGCAUGGAGAAUAAAAAGUGUGUCAGGGAAGGAAAAUGUCCACGUGCAUGUGACUCGCCAAAAGUAUUCCAAUUAUGUCCAUCCAUGUGCCAGCCUACCUGUGACAGGCCAAAAAUUACGGGAUGCAGGCGUGGAUGUAGCGCUAUAAAUUGCGUUUGUCCUGAAGGAAUGGUGCAGAGAGAUGAAAGUAAUCGUACCUGCAUUAGACUUUCUGAAUGUCCAGGUGCAUGUGAAAAGCCAAAAGUAUUCCAAUCAUGUCCAUCCAUGUGCCAGCCUACCUGUGACAGACCAAAAAUUACAGGAUGCAGGCGUGGAUGUAGCGAUAUGAAUUGCGUUUGUCCUGAAGGAAUGGUGCAGAUAGAUGAAAGUAAUCGUACCUGCAUUAGACUUUCUGACUGUCCAGGUGCAUGUGACUCGCCAAAAGUAUUCCAAUCAUGUUCAUCCUUGUGCCAGCCUACCUGUGACAGGCCAAAAAUUACGAAAUGCAGACGUGGAUGUAGCGCGAUAAAUUGCGUUUGUCCUGAAGGAAUGGUGCAGAUAGAUGAAAGUAAUCGUACUUGUAUCAGACCUUCUGAAUGUCCAGUUAAAAAAUGUGAGCCGCCGAAGGUACGAAUAAAAUGCAGUACAUCUUGUCCUGAAACAUGUGACGAAAAAAGCAGGCAUUGUUCUAACAAGUGUACCUCAGAUUAUAUAUGUGGAUGCCCUGAAAAUUACAUCCAAAUGAGUAUGAAAGACCAAACCUGUGUCAAGGAAGGAGAGUGUCCAAGAUGCAUCCCACCGAAGGUAUACCAGAAGUGUGCAUUGCCAUGUCAGCCGACAUGCCUUUUUCCGAAAAGAACGAUCUGUGGUAGAUCGUGCGGCAAUAGAAAAUGUGUUUGCCCGCCCGGUAUGAUACAAGUGGACCGUCAUAAUUAUACUUGCAUUGAAGCAUCUGAGUGUCCAAAAGCUGAUAAGCGUAUACGAAAGAAACGACGAAUUAAUUUGCCAACAUGAUUAAUGAACAAGUAUUGUUUACAACGCAAACUGUUUUUAAUAAUAACGUCAUAUACGUUCCACAACGUAACAUCUAUUCUGACUUUUAAUCGCAGUCUAUAAAGUGUACAGACAUUUGAAAAGCUUUCUCGUGGCCCUGUUGGUUCAUUUGAUGCGGAGAAAAGCGAUUUUCCCAGCAACAACAAGAUCCACAAGAUAAUCGCAAAAACCAACACGAAUUUAGCAUAUAUGAGCACUUUGUGUCAAUUAAACGAAUGAAAAUGCUGCUUUACGUUGACGACAGGCUAUCGAAAAUCUAUAUAUUGGAUCUAGGAUCGCAAUAAAUUUUUAAAAUAAUAUACUUUUGACGUAUUAGUAUACUUUAUCAAAUUAAUUGUUUUCUGUACUUGAGUAAUAAUUUCUAAUGUUAAUAAUAUUUCAAUAUUUUUUAAUUUUUACAGCAUUUGAAAGUUUGCAAAAGGUUUGUUUUUGGGCAAGCGAAAUUAUACUCGUUCAAGUAUUCUAUGUAUUUAUGAAAUUAAAUAUAUAAUAUUAAUUCACUUAUUAGGAUGAUUUAGCAAAUAUUUAAAUGAUUCAUAGGCAUACUGUAAAUAGCUCAACAGAAACAGAAGUUAAAUACGAUAUCGACAUAGAAAUAUGAUCUAAAUUUGUUUGCCCCCGGCAAUAUGUAUGUUCAUCAUUCAAAAUAGAUGAUCAAAAAAACUUACGAAUCGUUGAAACUAAAGCGAGAACCAAAUAAAUUACAACAUUUUUCAUACAAUCUCAAUCAAGCAAUGUUUGACAGAAAUUUUUAAUCAUCAAAGCUCGAGUAAGAGCUAAAAUAAAUGCCGGAUACCUUAUUAAAUCUGUCUUCAAUAAAGUUUAGAUCAAGAGAGCAAUGUAUCCGAUAAAUAUAUAUCACAGUUGGAGCGGUUUAUUUUCGGUGGGGCUGCCAUACUUUUUUUUAUCUGAAAAGUUAUUGAAUGAUUUAUUAGAAUGGCGACAACAUUUUAUUCAUGCACAGUUACGGAACCAACUCAGUGAUAUUUAUGUGGUGGAAAUUUUAACAAAAAUUCAUUUUAUCGAAUUCAAUUUUUAUGCUUUUGGUAAGAUGGAGGCAGUUUUUAAAUCCUGCGUUCUUUUCACUCUUAAGUGGGGGUUUGCGACCUUAAUUUGGGGAAACUUGCAUCCAUAUCAAAACUUGAAAAAUCAUACACUUGUUCAGUCCAAGACCUGUGAAACGUUUGCGAUAUAGCGAUUUAGAAUAAGACUGACUACGUGGUUACAAGUGUACACGCGAACCAUCUACUUGACUUAUAUUUAGAAAACUCAAAUUGCGUUA